AUGCUUCUGCCCAAGGGUGGUGUAACGUGGAAGUCGGCGAAGGCGAGGUUGCCUCCAUGGAGGGCCAUUCUGGUCCUAGUGACGCGGACUCGUUUCCUGGUGUCAUUAGCCCUCACCGGCUUGUUGAUCUUGCUGUGGCGUGGUAUUAGCAAGUCCGCUUCGGAGAUGCAAAAUUUCUACUGUUACGGACCUUCCAAGUCACCAAUGGACAUGAGUCUCAACGAAAUAGCCGAAUGGAAUGCCCAUAUGCAAACCCCUGUCGUCUAUAACCAUCAUGAAGCUUACGAAGUCAACUCCUCUACCAUUUUCAACGUCAACCUCAACCCCAUUGGCUCUAGUGCUCAAGCUGUCGCAAACGCCGAACGAGUGCUCAUCUUGACGCCGCUGAGAGAUGCUGCCCCAUACUUGCAAAAGUACUUCGAGCUUCUCUACAAGCUGACCUAUCCUCAUGAGCUCAUUGACCUGGCUUUCCUCGUCGGCGAUUCCAAGGAUGACACCGAAAGCGUACUCGUGUCUGAAUUGAACCGGAUCCAGGUACAGGGUGAUAAGGUUGCGUUCCGCAGUGCGAGCAUUAUUAAGAAGGACUUUGGGGCCGAUGUAAACAUGAACGUUGAGGAUCGACACUCGUUCGCCGCCCAGGGUCCGCGCCGUAAGGCUAUUGGCCGGGCACGCAACUAUCUGCUCUACUCCGCCCUGAAGCCUGACCACUCUUGGGUUUACUGGAGAGAUGUGGAUAUUGUCGACAGCCCAGAGACUAUCCUUCAGGACUUUAUGGCCCAUGACAGAGAUAUUCUCGUUCCCAAUAUCUGGUUCCACAGAUAUAAGGACGGUGUUGAUGUCGAGGGUCGCUUUGAUUACAACUCGUGGAUUGAGUCUGACAAGGGACGACGACUGCGACAAACACUCGAUCCGGACACCGUGCUGGCUGAGGGCUACAAGGAAUAUGACACGGGCCGCCAAUAUCUUGUUUCAAUGGGUGACUGGAGGAAUAAUAAGGACGAAGAGGUCGAGCUUGAUGGAAUUGGUGGUGUCAACAUUCUCGUCAAGGCCGACGUCCAUCGUACAGGAAUCAAUUUCCCCGCAUAUGCCUUCGAGAACCAGGCCGAAACCGAGGGAUUUGCGCGCAUGGCGAAGCGAGCGGGAUACCAAGUGUACGGCUUGCCUAAUUACGUGGUGUGGCAUAUCGACACUGAUGAAAAACCCGGCAACCUUGGAGAACGUAAAGCGUACUAA